CCCGGCGCAAGGCUCGACGGGAGUCGUAGUUCCGAGCACCCCUAGGGCGCGGCGCGGUGCGGUGCACGCUGGGAACUGUAGUUCCACAGGCUCUCGGCGCCGCGGCGGCCCCCAGGAGCCGAGCGCGGCCGGACUCCAUCUCCCAGGGGGCAGCGCGGCGGGGCUGUGGCUCCCCGGCCGGUCCUGGACUCUUGGCCCUUGGAGCCCUCUUGGGCCUCGGGAGCGGGGCGGUUCCUCCCAGGCCCGGGUGAGUCUCCCAGCAAGGGGCCCCGGUCCGCCCCCGCCCGCCGGGCCCAGCCCCACGUGGGAGCCGGGCCCCCCGCCCCGGGCUAACGAGCAGCCCCCCCCGUGUGCUCUCCUUGCAGUCGCGGCGCCGCUGCCCGGCACCAUGGACGCCCUGCCCGUCACCUCCGGGGAGCUGCUCUGCCUGGCCUCCAGCCUGGCCGCCUCCGGCCUCUUCUAUUACCUGCACCGGAAGAAGGCCAAAGCGCUGGCUCGGAUCCAGGACGCCCCAAAGCUUCAGGUAGAUGAUGGUCUGCCUGACCUGCUAUCUGCCACCAGUGGCCAGUGCCUGCAUUAUGUUGCCUUAGAAGGGCUUGUCCUGCCAGCAAAAGCAGCUCUGUCCAGCCAGCACCAUGAGGAGCUGCAGGGAGUGAUCCAGAAACUAGUUCUGAAGGAGCAUCGACUGAUCUGGAACAGCCUGGCCCGGAGUUGGAAUGAAAGUGAGCGGGUGGUUUCGGAGCAGGUGUACACAGUGCCCUUUGCCCUGGCAGCCCCCAGUGCUGAGGCAGCGACACGGGUGAGCGUAGAGAGCCCCCUACGGGCUGUCCGGCUGCCCCUGGAGACUGUGUAUGAGCACUUCCAGCACCCAACCCACGGCUUCAAAGACCUGAUCAGUCACUAUCUGAGCGGGGAGAAGCCCAAGGGCCUCCUGGAGACAGAGGAGAUGCUGCAAGUGGGGGCAAGCCUGACUGGCAUCGGGGAGCUGGCCCUGCACCCAGAUGGGACCCUCCACCUGCAGCCCCCAUCUGAUGGGUCCGACUACUUCCUGCACCUGGGGGACUGGCAGACGCUGCUGGCAGAGAUGGAGUCAGUGAGCAGCUUCUGGAAGGGGGCAGCAGUGCUGUGCGGCUUGACAGGCAUGGCGGUGAUCCUGUACGCCCUCUGCCGGGCCUAUCAGCAGCGCCGGCACAAGCAGGAGCAGGAGGAGCAGCGGCGGCAGUUUGAGGCCCUGUGGGGCAACGGGGACACGGUGACGGAGUCUGGGGAGGGUGCGUCGGAAGACACCUGUAUCAUCUGCCUGACACGGCCCCGCGAGUGCGUCCUGCUAUGCUGCGGCCAUGUCUGUUGCUGCUUCCGCUGCUACAAAGCCCUGCCUAGCCACACCUGCCCCAUCUGCAGGAGCCCCAUAGACCGGGUAGUGCCCCUCUAUCAGGCCUGAGGGGGAGAAGGGGCUUCAAACGGUACCAGGGCAAGAGCAGUGGAGUUCCUGACACUAGGCAACACCACUGUGCCCAUAAAACCCCAGCAGCUUGGGGGGGCAGUGUGCAAGCCACAAGUGUGUGGUUACUUGGGGUGUGAGCUCACAACCGUAGGGUUUGGGGGGAGGGAGGGGGUUCUGCAAGCUUCGCCUCCUAAGCUGGGUUUGGGGGUGUGCUCAUGAUCCCUCUCUUCAGUGAUUGGAGCAUGUGGCCUGAAUCAGCAUCACUCAGCACGAAGCUCUUGCUGAGUUUCCACCCGCUCACCCAAGCCUCAUAGCGUGUCUGUUCCCAGCCCUGCUAGGAGAGUCUGAUGGGCACAGGGCAGCUAUUGAGCUGAUAUGCCAAGAGGUGUGUGUCAGUGAGGGGGAGGAGAAAUAGAGCCACCCCUGCCCCAGCCAUGUGGGAGUUUGAAGGGGGACCCUGUUGCGUGGAGCUGCAUGGCUGAGUUGGAGAGGCGUUUGUGCUCUCGCUGAUUUCCUCCGAGUCCUGCCUGGGCCCGGCCUUCUCAGUGCUGACCCCAGGAAGAGGCCGACUGGAGCUCAGCAGGCCUGCGGUGCAAUGCUCCAUCAGCGGCCCGGGAUGCAGCUGGAACACAGCGGUUUUGCUCUUGCGAAGGGGCCACGUUUUACACUAGAGUUUAUUUUUCUAGCACGUCUUUGCCACUGCUGUCCAGCUACUGCGCUGGGGAGAGGCCAGCAGAAGCUGGGUGGGAGAGACGGGAGGCUCAAGGUAGUUUGGGGCUGUGGGUUUGAGGGCAGAGAGGGUCUGGCUGAGGGGGCAACAUGCAUUGCACAACUGAACAGUCAGGGUUGGUCCAUCCUCUGCCCGAUUUCCUCUGGGUAGGCCCAUGCAGCAUGUUACACAGGCAGCAGCAGUCUCUGGUGUGCAUGGUGGGGGGAUGUGGGUCUUUCCCUCAUGGUCUCCUACAUGAGGGUGUUGAACUACAGAGGCUUCCCCUGUGAGUGAAGGCCAGCAGCCGGGGCCCUGUGCCCUCCUCAGCGUCCAACUGUUGCACCCCCUUUACUCCCACAUGUGGGAGUUUGAGGCAGUGCCACAGCUGAAGCAUGGGAGGGUGGAUUGCAGCAGCUGUGGCUCCUGAUCGCAGGAGGAGGACAGCCCUCUGCUUCCCUGCUUAAGCUGGAGGACGAAAGGAGCCACAGUGGAGGCCUACCCAAGGAUUGGGGUGGGUUAUGUUUGCCACCCCCCCCCCCCAUUAAAGUGCUGGUGGAAGUCUGCCUGAAAUCAGCAGAGCUCCUGCAAGCCCUGGGCUACCUGGCUGGAGUGCUGCCUUCCUGCCCAGCUCCCAGGACAUGCCAUAGCUGCAAGGGGCCGGGGGGGACACGACUCACUGAAUCAAUGUUGGUCAUUAUUUAUAAAGAGAAGGAUCAGA